UAUCCAUUUUGUCCGAUCACUGCCCUCACACCGCCUGUCGCAGUUGUCUCCCCCAGUAUCCGACUCACCUCCACCGUCGUAUCCUCUCUCCGACACCGACGGAGGUCCGCCGUCCGACCGCCCAUCAUCCUGUCUCUCCGCCAUCGGGCUGCAGCAGCCAUAGGGUUCCUUCUGCAACGACGUGCUAGAUACUGAAUAACUUAGCUAAGUAUCCUUGGACUGUAUAGUAUAGAAUUCGAGCUGCCGUUUUGACAUCUCUGUCCUUUCUGCAAUAUAGACCCAUUUGCCUUGCUGUAGUUACCAUUACUGUCUUUGCUAGCUGUUGCCCUUGCUGAGCAUUUUCUUGUUUUUGGGUCUCUCUCCAAACAAGACAAACUUCUUUCCAACCUGUGGCCUCUACAGCCUUUGAAGCCCCACACAUUUUGAAAGGACCUUUUUUUUUGGGGGGGGGGGGGGGGGGGGCGCGAUUGGCCAUCAGCCUACUUUGCCAGGAGGUGACAAGAACACAAUGACCAAGCUGACAUGACUUCAUGGCAUCUACUUUAUUUUCCCAACAUCUUUUUAGCUUCUUUUCGAGGAGCCUUCGUUGCAAUAGGAUGAACUUGUUAACGAUUCAUAGGCCUUUAAACCUGUGCAAUCUCAAGAGACAAUGCGGAAUCUGCCCUUCAUCCAUACUUUUUGGAAAGUGUUACUCUAACCUCUCCAGUAAUUUGGAUCUAGAUACAACUUCUAGAAAUGUUGGAAUAUCUGCCAAAAGUGGUGUGGCCCCUUGCAAGCAUGCAGUUUCUGAUUCUGUCACAGAUGUAGAUGAACCGGCCUAUCUUGAUUCUUCAAAUGGAAGAGUAAUGCUAAUUGAUGGCACGUCAAUUAUUCAUAGAGCUUAUUACAGGCUUCUUGCAAAGUUGCACCAUGGUUAUCUCUCACAUGCUGAUGGCAAUGGAGAUUGGGUCUUAACUAUAUCUACAGCUUUAUCUCUUAUAAUAGAUGUUCUGGAGUUUAUUCCUUCACAUGUGGCGGUGGUUUUUGACCAUGAUGGAGUUCCAUUUGGUCAAACAUCCAUUUCAUCCAAACAAAGUUUUAUGGCAAAAGGCCUAAACUUUCGUCACACUCUUUACCCCGCCUACAAGAGCAAUCGUCCCCCAACACCUGAUACAAUAGUUCAAGGCCUUCAAUACUUAAAAGCAUCUAUUAAGGCUAUGUCUAUUAAAGUAAUUGAGGUACCUGGAGUUGAAGCUGACGAUGUUAUUGGCACAUUAGCAUUAAGGAGUGUAGAUGCUGGGUACAAGGUCCGAGUUGUCUCCCCAGACAAAGACUUUUUCCAGAUUUUAUCUCCAUCUCUACGUCUUCUGCGAAUUGCACCUCGUGGAUAUGAGAUGGUUUCAUUUGGAAUGGAGGACUUUGCUAAUAAGUAUGGAGCAUUAAAACCUUCUCAAUUUGUUGACGUAAUGUCACUUGUGGGUGACAAAUCCGAUAACAUACCAGGCGUUGAAGGAAUUGGGGAUGUGCAUGCUCUGCAAUUGAUCACAAAAUUUGGUUCGUUGGAGAAUUUAUUGCAACAAGUGGAUCAAGUUAAGGAGGAACGUAUAAGAAAGGCCUUGAUAUCAAAUGCUGAUCAAGCUGUUCUAAGCAAGAACUUGGCACUGCUACGGUCAGAUCUUCCAUUUUACAUGGUUCCUUUUGCUGUCAACGAUCUCAUAUUUAAGAAACCACAGGAUGACGGGGAGAAAUUCACAAGCCUGUUGACAGCCAUCAGUGCCUACGCAGAAGGAUUUUCGGCCGAUUCAAUUAUCAGAAGAGCUCUCUUUCUGUGGAAGAAGCUUGAGAUGAGAUGAGAUGAUUCAGGUGCCUCUCCCAGCAGAGUCUGUAAUCCCCCCCAAGCCUGGCAGAGAAUCAAGUUCACUUAUUUAACUGAUUAAGUGUAGGUUUAAAGCCAGCAAUGCAUGCCAUAUAAUUAGGGUUUUUGGCAUUACUUGUAUGUAAUUGCACUUUCAUAGAGAAUUGCAUUGCAUAGUUGUGAAUGAGAAACGGUUAUGGAGUUUAUAAA